AUGAACGGGACAGAAGCAAACAACAACAGCGCCACACAAGCACUGCCCCACCAACUGGCGGGGAAGAGGAAACACAUUGCCGAGAAAUUACCAAAACAGGGGCCGGAGGGGGAAGUGUGGUGACUUCAGAUUCAUGGAGGUGAAUCUGGAGGGGGAUGGCCCCCUCCCAAACGUACUUCACGGCCUCCUCUGAGCAUAUCUCCAUCGGGCAAGGCACGCAGAAUCGUGAUCCCGAUGCUUCGCGCACCUCGCCGCGAUCUCUGCUGAACGAAGGCAGAUCUCCCUCCACCUAGCGAUGGCGGAGGGGGGGAAAGAAGAAGACUCUCGAACAACCCCCACUAAAGAGCGUGCACGCCAGUCGAUCUCCUCUUUCGAUCUAAGGCGUGUACUACGUCUCCCACAAUUUGAUCCAACGGUCCUCGUCUCUCCAUAGCUGGAGAUUAACGGGCUUGACGGAUAUUUAAUUUUUUUAACAAUAUUUAAUACUAAAAAUGGCCGUAUAGUCGCCUGCAGGCAAUGCGAAUGUUAACGGGCUUAACGGACGCGAUGCCACGUCAUCGAUCCUUGUCUCAGGCUGCAUAGAAAUCACUGCCGUUGAUUGGGAAUCCUAGGGUAAAGGAUGAUGCUACUCUGAACCGGGCCAUCGAAUGGCCGGCUUGCUCGCAGAGGCGGGGUAAAGCGCAUCAAUGGCCUCAUCUACGAGGAAACGCGCGGCGUCCUGAAGAUAUUCCUGGAGAAUAUCAUCCGUGACGCUGUCACCUACACUGAGCACGCGCGGCGGAAGACGGUCACGGCUAUGGAUGUGGUGUAUGCUCUCAAGAGGCAGGGCAGGACCCUGUACGGUUUCGGUGGCUGA